GCUUUCCAAGCGCUCAGUCCCGCACAUGGCGGAGUCCGCCUGCUGCAAUUAGAAGCCGGAAGCGACUGCUGCGCGGAAGUGUCCCCGCCCCCUCCCCACGCCUGGCGCGCGGGCUUGAGCAGGAGGUAACAAGUCUCCGCCUCCCGUGGGCUCUUGUGAUUGGUCGGGCUCAUCUGGGCUGAUGCGAGGAGCUGGAGGGGGCUCUGGCUGUGCUGCGAAGAGGAGCGCCGCUGCUUCCAUCAUGAGCCAGGCAGAAUUCGAUAAAGCUGCUGAAGAGGUCAAAAAGCUGACGGCUUUACCAACUGACCCAGAAAUGCUGGACGUCUAUAGCCACUUCAAACAGGCGACUGUUGGAGAUGUAAAUACAGACCGUCCCGGGAUGUUUGACUUCAAAGGCAAGGCCAAAUGGGAUGCCUGGAAUGCCUUGAAAGGAAUGUCCCAAGAAGAUGCAAGAAAAGCAUAUAUAGCAAAAGUGGAAGAACUGAAGAGCAAAUAUGGGAUGCAAUGAACUCAUACAUGCUGCCUUAAAAGAAAACAUGCCUUGGUGAUACUGUGGAUAACCUAUUGUUGUGCCAAACAGUAAUGCCACUUCAGAGAUAAUAGCUAUGUAAAUGGUUUGCUCUGUGAACUUCUAGCAAUUUAUAGAAUAAAACUACCAAGUUCAUAAAAGAAA